AUGCAGACUGCUUCUACAAACAUUUGUGAAAGAAUGGGUCGCUCUCAGGAGCUCAGAGAAUUUGAGCGUGGUACCGUGAUAGGUUGCCACCUGUGCAAUAAGUCCAUCCAUGAAAUUUCCUUGCUACUAAAUAUUUCACAGUCAACUGUUAGUGGGAUUAUAACAAAGUGGAAGCACCUUGGAACAACAGCAACUCAGCCACAAAGUGAGCGGGGUCAGCACAUGCUGAAGCGGACAGUGUGCAGAAAUCACCAACUGUCUGCAGAGUCAAUACAAUAGCUAAAGACUUCUAAAGUUCAUGUAGCCUUCAGAUUAGCACAACAACAGUGCAUAGAGAGCUUCAUGGAAUGGGUUUCCAUGGCCAA